UUCCAGGGUAUCUAUAAAGCCAGACUGGAUUCUCUCUCAUCGGUUUCGUCUUCAAUCGUCCUGCCUCCGAGUAAUUCUCACUUCCGCUGCCGCCGCCGCCGCCGCCGCCGCCGCCGUAGGCUGAUCUCUGUGUCCGCUCUUUCUUCGUUUCUCUCCUCUUUCCUCACUAGCGUUCCCCGAUCGCCUGAUCCGUGUGGAAGGAGGUUUGCGCUGGAGAUAUCCUGCAAUUCCGCCGGUGGAGGGCCCAACGGUGAUGAUGGCGAGGGCGAGGGUGAGUACGGGAGAGAUGAGGAGGUGGAGCGGGCGCCUCGCUUGGACGGCACCAUUCCUGGGGCGUCCAACGAGUUCGUGGAGCGAGUAUCGUCGCGUGCGUACGACAUGCGGAGGAACCUGCAACAGACGUUUGAUACCAGCAGUUAUGACGAAAGUUCCAACGGCUAUUUUUUCAAAUCUCAACGGCUCCAAACGGCUAUAUUUCUCUUCAACUUCGUGGGACACUUAUAUAUACAUGUCAUAGAUGAUCAAGAGGAGGCUAAUGGACAGAAACGAGAUGAUCUAGAAUUUGGAAAUCAUUUUAUUUGAGCUUACAGUGUUCUCUGUGCUUUCAAUUUUAUAUUUUUCUAUGCAAGGCUUCGUUCUAUCAUUGUAAAUCUAUUCUUAAGCCUAGUUUUCAUUGUGAGAGAACUUGUGACUAAGAGUGUUAACUCUUAGCUUCUCUCUUUCAUUUGUAUCGUUGUUAUUUUCCUAGCUUGUGUAGCUAGAGGGCCCAUUUGAGUGGGAGGUUGUAAUUCCUAGUCUUGGACUAGAGGACCUACUUGGUUUAAGUAGGGGGUUUUAGUGGAUGGUUUGAAAAAUCCUUAGUGAGGAGCUAAGGUAGUGGAUUAGGCUUGGGUUAAGCCGAACCACUAUAAAUCCUUUGUGUUCUUCUCUUGUGCUUGUGGUUUUAUUUCAUUUAUUAUUUCAAGCAAUUCAAUAAUCCUCACUUGCAUCGAAUUUUCCAUCAAAAGGAUUUCAAAGUUCUAUCAAAGAUUUUUAAAAUAUCCAAUUCACCC